GAAUCUGCUCCUUCAUCUUGCGUCAUCUUUUACCUUCAUCCGAUGCGGUUCUCUUGUUCUCCUCAUAACGAGGCAUUCAUUGUAAUUUUACUGUGAUAAUUUACUUUAAAACCUUCCAUUUAAUCACUAAGCCGUAAUAAACUUUAUUUGGCAAUAGUGUGAGAAAAUAUUAGAGCUGAAAAUACGAUUAUAAAUAAUUGGAGUGACGAUCUCCCUCUUUACUUGCAAUUUUAAUACCUAUUCUUGGAUUGAAGACUAACUUACUCAUGGAAGAAUUUAAUCUUUAUCCCAUUGUUCCAUGUAACGGGAAUAUGCUUUCUGCAACCCAGGAAUGGUCCAACGUGGUUGCCAGAUACAUAAUGAAUCAGCUUGAUACUUAAAUGUUGAAAAGAACUCUGUUUCCUUUAGCGGAGACUUUUGCCAUUAUUCAUCAAAAAAUAGAAAAAACUGUUUGUUUAUUGCUGUACUCCAUUGCAGAAAAUUCCAGUGUUAGGUGUUGUUGUGAACUUCUCCUUUUUCUCCUCAUUGUUCAGUACUCAGUGUUUUCAUUCAUAAAAAAGUAUGACUGUCACAUAUUCUUUAAACGUGAGUAAAGCUCGACUUUGCGGCUUUGCAAAGUUGCUGGUGAGAUGGCGAGGAAGCAUCUACAAGCUGCUGUAUCGUGAAAUGGUGAUCUUCUGUGGGCUGUAUUAUAGCCUCAGUUUACUAUAUCGUUAUGUUUUUACUGAAAAUCAGAGAACUGUUUUUGAAAAACUGACCAUAUAUUGUGAAGCAUUUACAAAUCUUAUUCCACUUUCAUUUGUUCUGGGUUUUUAUGUAUCAAUAGUUGUUGGGAGGUGGUGGCAACAGUACAUGGCCAUUCCUUGGCCAGAUAAAGUGUCUAUGUUGAUUGCAUCGUAUGUUCAUGGCUCUGAUGAAAGGGGCAAAGUCAUUCGCAGAACUCUAGUGAGGUACUUGAUUCUUCUGAGCGCCUUAACAUUCCAGGCAGUUAGUACUUCUGUAAAGAAAAGAUUUCCUACAUUGGACCAUGUAGAAGAAGCAGGUUUGAUGACCAAAGAAGAAAGGAGAGUAUACGAUGAUAUUCACGUAACUCAUGGAAAGUGGUGGGUUCCUGCUCAAUGGUUUAGCUCACUUGCUGCCAGAGCUAGAAAAGAAGGCCGAAUUAAAGAUGACAUCUUGCUCCAAGAUCUUUUACAAGAGAUGCAUGUAUUUCGUGGAAACUGUGGUAUGCUUUUCUCCUAUGAUUGGAUUAGCAUUCCCCUUGUGUAUACACAGGUUGUUACUUUAGCCAUCUAUACUUACUUUUUGGCCACUGUUAUGGGCCGUCAAUAUUUAGAUCCUGAAAAAGGGUAUCCAGGACAUGAAGUGGAUUUAUACAUACCCAUAUUUACUCUCCUGCAGUUUUUCUUUUACAUGGGUUGGCUUAAGGUUGCGGAACAACUCAUAAAUCCAUUUGGAGAAGACGAUGACGAUUUUGAAUUAAAUUGGUGUUUGGAUAGAAAUUUACAGGUGUCGUUCAUGAUUGUGGAUGAAAUGCACCAGAGACAUCCACGUCUCGUUAAAGACAUGUAUUGGGAUGAACUUGAACCUCAACUUCCUUACACAAAAUCAUCCUUCAUGAUGAGAACGCAGCCACAUCUUGGAUCGGCUGUUAAUUUGGACAUUGACCCUGAAGAGGCAGAAUUUGUUCCUAUGGAAACAAUUCUCGAAGAAGAUAAUGACAACAACAAUUACAACAGUCCUCCUCAAAGUCCAACAAAUGAACUGUCUCCAGGUUUCAGGUCAUUUGCUGGAAGUAAAAUUAAUCUUAAUGGGGAAGAUAAUGUCUCACAGUCAGGGUUGAGGUUUCUGGAGCACUUUCCAGGUGCCAAACUUCUCAACAUGAUAAUUGGUUCCAGUAAUGAGAACUUGACUGGUACGCCCAAGACACCCAAAAAGGAAGGUAGCAUCUUCUCAGGCUUUACUCUCAAGACGCCUAACCGACGAUCCAUAUCUAGUUCCAUUGCCGAAAGCUUGCACGAUCAGAUGCUCGAUGGUAGACGUGACGUCGGAGAGCCUCUCAUACCCACACGUGCCGGCACACCCAUUCAAUCAGAGCGCGAAGACCUGCGCCACAUCAUCUUAGACAUCCCUCCUGAAUCCAACUCAAUUGAUUCUGGACAGAGCACCCCAGCUACUGUCAUUGAAGAUUACAAUCGUUGCCACGAUCUCGCCUCUCCGGCUACGAUCAUUGAAGAUUACAACCGCCGCCACGAUCUUGCCCCUCCAGCCACAUUAAUUGAGGAUUACAACCGUCGUCACGACCUUGCCUCUUCAGCUGCAAUUAUCGAGGAUUACAAUCGCCGGCAUGAUCUUGGUCAUCAUGCCACUAUAGUCCAUAAAGAAGUUGAUCCUAAUCCUGAUGAAAAUCCUGUCAUUGACCAAUCACCACCUUCAUCCCCAAAUGAAGGGGAGCCCUCCCCAUUUGAGCCCAAUUCUUCCCAAGAAAGUUUGGUGCCAUAUGUUGAUAGUAAUCAGAGCACAGUUAGCAGCUAUGCUGAGCUUCUGAAGCAUCCCAAAUAAAAAUGCAGGGUGGUCUAGAUGCUCACCGUAAAAUGCUGGUGAUAAGAUUUUUUAAAAGAUUUUUUUUUUAAAAUUUGAUUUACAGUUAGAACUAACUUGGUGACAUUGAAAGGGAAUUCUUCUUAUACUAUUUUAUUAACAUUUUUAUAAAAAAAGAAUUAAAAAAAUUAAAAAAAAAUUUUUUUGCUUUUGAAUUAUGUUUUUAAUUUUAAAUGUAUUUUUUACUCAACCAUAAUUUUUACUUUAAAGUUUUUUACGUAAAGAAUUUUUACUUUAAAGUUUAAUUAAAAUUUUAUCUUCCAAAUUUCAUUUAGGUAAGUAAAAAUUAAUGUAUUUUAAGAAAAUUCUGAAUUGCAUUGUUUCUUCCUUCCCAAUAAUUGUAAAUUCUUGCCUCUGUUAAAAAAAACUUAAAUAAUUAAGAAUUAGCUUUGAAUUUUAUAAAAUUUUAAAUUUUAUACUUUUGAUUAAUUACACACAGGGUAUGCUUUUUGUAUUGAAACAACAUUAAUAAAAACUAAAUAUAUAUUUUUUGUUUACAUUAAUAUAUAUAUAUUUACUUUUACUAUUUCCAAAAUCUGAUAAAAUCAUGAAUACAGUUUAAAACCAGAUUCUUUAAAUGUACUUAUAGUUAACUAGCAUGUUUUGAUUUUUUAAUGCUUAAUGAAAUG